CGGCGGGCAGGAUUAGAUUUCAGGCCGUCGGGGCGUGCCCGAGCGUGCUUCCCCGCGGCGCGGCGCCGUUACUCGGGGACGGGGAGGGCGACGGCGGAGAGCGGGGCCCGCGGAGCCGCCGGUGUAUUUCAGACUUCUCAUGCUUUCCUGUUACAUUCCUGACAGUCAGUGGAGAUCUUCUUUGCUCUUUGUGGCACUUAAUUUUGUUUAUACGAAGCCCUCUCCAAUUGAUUUUACAGGAAAAACCAGGACAAUAUUUGUAUGUGCUUUCUGUGUUGGAAUAGGAACUGAGAAGCAGAAAUAGAGAACAUGUUGGAAACAAUUGAUACACAUCGGGCCCUCCAGGCUGUGGAACGCUUACAGGCAAAGCUUCGGGAUCGAGGUGACAUCGCAAAUGAGGAAAAACUGAACUUACUGAAAUCAGUGCUGCAGAGUCCGCUUUUUAAUCAAAUUCUCAGCCUUCAAACUUCCGUUCAACAGCUGAGAGAUCAGGUAAAUAUUACUCCUUCUGUACAUUCCACUAGUGAAUUCCCUCAGCUUCUCCACCAUGGUGUGAAUGCAGGGUCCUUACCGCAUAAUGAGUCAUAUUUGUUGGCUCAGCAGAAUGGCAGCCCAGCUAAUGUGUUAGAAGCAUCAAUCAGAUCCAUUACUCCACAGAUUAAUGGGAAAUCCACUAGUGAUGACUUUGAGCAACUGAUCAGAAGUAUGUCCCAGGGUCGUCCUGUUGAGACAAUUGAGCUUAUUAAGCCUUUGAGUGGUGGCCUGGGGUUCAGUGUUGUGGGGCUCAAGAGUGAAAACAGAGGAGAAUUAGGAAUAUUUGUGCAAGAAAUCCAGGAGGGAAGUGUGGCACAUAGAGAUGGAAAGCUGAAGGAAGCAGAUCAAAUCCUUGCUAUUAAUGGACAAGCCCUUGAUCAGACAAUUACACAUCAACAGGCUAUCAGCAUCCUACAGAAAGCAAAAGAUAAUGUCCAGCUAGUUGUGGCCAGAGGCAAUUUUCCUCAGCUCAUCAGUCCUGUAGUUUCUCGGUCUCCAUCUGCUGCUAGCACAGUUUCAGCCCAUUCCAACCCGGUGCACUGGCAGCAUGUGGAGACCAUAGAGCUGGUGAAUGAUGGCUCAGGUUUGGGAUUUGGGAUAGUUGGUGGAAAGUCAACAGGAGUGAUUGUUAAGACCAUCCUCCCAGGAGGGGUAGCUGAUCAGCAUGGGAGAUUAUGUAGUGGAGACCACAUUUUGAAGAUUGGUGAUACUGACUUGACUGGAAUGAGCAGUGAACAGGUGGCACAAGUUCUGAGGCAGUGUGGAAAUCGAGUGAAACUGGUAAUUGCAAGAGGUCCUGUUGAGGAACCACCUCCACCAGCAGUCCCACCAGGUACUCCAGUACCCAUCCCGACACCAGAGAAACAAACAGACGCUUCUGUUGAUAGUUGUGAAGAAGGAGAGAAGUUUAAUGUGGAACUCACUAAAAAUAUCCAAGGAUUAGGAAUAACUAUUGCUGGUUACAUUGGAGACAAAACAUCAGAGCCUUCUGGCAUCUUUGUGAAAAGCAUUACAAAAGGCAGCGCUGUUGAACAAGAUGGCAGAAUCCAUGUGGGAGAUCAAAUUAUAGUUGUGGAUGGAACAAAUCUUCAGGGUUUUACUAACCAACAAGCAGUAGAUGUUUUGCGACACACCGGACAAACAGUUCAGCUCACUUUGGUCAGAAGAGGGCUUAAGCAGGAGAAUUGUAUUCAACCCCAGGAGGACUUCAAUUCUGCUGUUGAAAGGGACUUAAUGUUACAAACAGUGGACAGUAGCACAGCCAAAGAUAACAGUGAAACAGAGCAGGGAUCUCCAUCGCAGCCGUGCAGUGGCAGUGCAGUAAACAUCAAAGAGGACAUAAAAGAGCAAGAAACAGAUUUCCAGCUGAGUGCUACAGAAGAAGCAGCUAUGAAGGCAAAAUGGCAGAGGAUAAUGGGGUCAAAUUAUGAAAUAGUGGUUGCUGUGGUUAGCAAAUUCAGUGAAAGCAGUGGACUAGGAAUAAGCCUUGAAGCUACAGUGGGACAUCAUUUCAUUAGAUCAAUCUUACCAGAGGGGCCAGUUGGACGAAGUGGCAAACUGUUCAGUGGUGAUGAGCUUCUGGAAGUGAAUGAGAUCUCUUUGCUUGGAGAAAACCACAAGGAUGUAGUCAAUAUCUUGAAAGAACUGCCAAUUAAGGUGACAAUGGUGUGCUGCCGGCCAGUGGCUCCCUCUGUCAGUCCCACAGAAGUACUGGAGAGUCUAAGUCUAUCUGAGGUUCAGCUUGCAGAAAAGGCUCAUAUAAAUCUUGAAUUCACUGGCUCUUCGAACACAGAAGAAACAGCUUUGGAAACUUCUACAGCUCAGAGUAUAGAAGAAAUGCAGAACUCUUCUUUCACAAUGUGGGAAGCAGAAGUACAGCAUACUGAGCUGGAGAAAGGAAGCACGGGACUUGGAUUUAGCAUAUUGGACUACCAGGAUCCUGCUGACCCUUCAAAAACUGUAAUUCUAAUUCGCUCAUUAGUUCCUGGUGGUGUGGCUGAGCAAGAUGGCAGACUUUCUCCUGGUGAUCGACUUAUGUUUGUCAAUGAUGUCAGCUUGGAAAAUGGCAGCCUAGAAGAAGCAGUACAAGCGCUGAAAGGAGCCCCAGCAGGAACAGUUAAAAUAGGAGUUGCCAAACCUCUGCCUGUGGACUCCAGCGGAGCUGGUCUGGCUGUUGAACCCAUCUUUGAAUCUCAGUUUGCUGCGGAGAAUUUAAUGUUUCUGCCUUCAUCACCAGUUACGUCUGGCAGCUUCUGUAGUGAGGAUUUCAACUUCAGGUUCCCCUUUUCAACGUCAACUCCCAAGAUUAGUGGAGAGGAAUAUUUGAGUUCUGCAGAUGAUAGUCAUAUGUCUACCGAGAGUACGUACAAUAUGGAUGUGACUGAGAGAGAACAAAAUACUACAGGGACAGACAGAAGCACGGAAACUACAGCUACUUUUGCUGAUGAGACUUUUCCGGCUGGGUGUACUUUUGAGGUCAAACGUGAUGAAAGAACGUUCGAGGAAUCUAGCCUUUUACUGCCUGUGGAAAAAGUUUUCAGAAUGGUAAAUCCAGUGAAAAACAUGUAUGAGGAGACCAUCACUAUUGCAAAAGGCAAUUCAAGUCUAGGGAUGACAGUAAGCUCUGACAAAGAUGGCACAGGAAUGAUAGUUCGUAGUGUCAUCCAUGGAGGAUCAAUAAGUCGUGAUGGACGGAUUAACGUGGGAGACUGCAUCUUAUCCAUUAAUGAAGAAUCAAGCACUAACUUAACCAAUGCAGAAGCCCGAGCUAUGCUAAGGAGACAUUCACUCGUUGGACAUGAAAUGAAAUCUUCUCCAGCACCUUCUGAUGAUCAGGCCCUCUUUUAUGUUAUUACAUAUGUGGUAGCAGAAAACUUAUCGAAGUACAGAGCCUAUUUGGAGCAAGAGUCAGAGGAAGAUCUGACAGUAUUUUCUUCCUCACAGUCUGCUUCGGGAGUCCCAGAGCUUCCAGAGCGUGAAGAGGGGGAAGGAGAAGAAAGUGAACUUCAAAAUGCAUCUUUCAGUAACUGGAACCAGCCCAGAAAGGUUGAACUUUGGAGAGAGCCUGGCAAGUCAUUGGGGAUCAGCAUUGUUGGAGGACGAGGGAUGGGGAGCCGCCUGAGCAGUGGGGAAGUGAUGAGAGGGAUCUUUAUCAAACAUAUCCUGGAAGACAGCCCAGCUGGCAAAAAUGGGACACUGAAAACUGGAGAUCGGAUUGUCGAGGUGGAUGGAAUUGACCUCAGAGAUGCCAGCCAUGAACAAGCUGUGGAAGCCAUACGGAAGGCAGGCAAUCCUGUAGUCUUUAUGGUACAGAGCAUUAUAAGCAGACCGAGGCCAGAGUCUCUUUAUAGGCUUUCAUCAGCUUCUGCUCUCUGUGAGCAGAAAACUACUAACCCAUUUUAUCGUCAGUCAUCUAAGGCUUUCAGUCAAUCCGAUUCAGAGCCAGAAAAGACUUCAUCUUGUAACCUGCCUCUGCCUCCUCCUUCUGCGUUUUCAGGAAUAAGCUGUGAUGUUGCACAGUCAUCAUCCAGCCAAGUUGUAGAAGAUGUAGAGAAGGAUGACGAGUUUGGUUACAGCUGGAAAAAGAUUUCACAGCGCUAUGGAAGUCUACCAGGCGAACUGCACGUGAUUGAGCUAGAAAAAGGAAGGACAGGUCUGGGACUUAGUCUUGCUGGUAACAAAGACCGAUCCAGGAUGAGUGUCUUUAUAGUGGGAAUUGAUCCGAAUGGUGCAGCUGGCAAAGACGGCAGGUUACAGAUUGCAGAUGAGUUGCUAGAGAUAAAUGGGCAAAUACUCUAUGGAAGGACUCACCAGAAUGCUUCAUUCAUAAUCAAAUGUGCUCCGUCUAAAGUGAAAAUAAUCUUCAUCAGAAAUAAAGAUGCAAUAAAUCAGAUGGCUGUUUGCCCUGCAAAAUCAGUAGAGGCUUUACCUGGUGCUUCAGAGAAACUUCAAAAUCAAGAGGUUGAUACUACUGCAGACUCAGGUAUUUCACCUGACUUCAGUUCAUAUAAAAAUAUUCAGUAUGUGGAACUUCCUAAGGAUGAAGGAGGUUUGGGAAUUGCCAUUAGUGAAGAAGACACAGUCAAUGGAGUAGUUAUUAAGAGCUUAACAGAUCAUGGUGCAGCAGCAAAGGAUGGAAGAAUCAAAAUUGGGAGUCAGAUCCUGGCAGUGGAUGACGAAAUUGUUGUGGGCUAUCCAAUAGAAAAGUUUAUCAGUCUCCUGAAGUCAUCCAAAAAUUCAGUGAAGCUUACAAUCAACUCAGCAGAGCCAGAUAGCCAAACCAUAGCACCAGUCCUUUCCAGCACCGCAUCAGCAGAGAGGAGGAAUAUCCAGCCACCAACAGCUGUUUGCUCUUCGAACUCACCAGAACCAGAAGCAGUAAAAAAUACGAGCAGAUCUUCAACUCCAGCCACACUAGCUUCUGACCCGGCUACUUGUCCCAUUAUUCCUGGAUGUGAAACAACCAUUGAUAUCUCCAAAGGACGGACUGGUCUUGGUCUAAGCAUAGUUGGAGGAGCGGACACUUUGUUGGGAGCAAUCAUUAUCCAUGAAGUAUAUGAUGAAGGAGCAGCUUCAAAAGAUGGGAGACUCUGGGCUGGGGAUCAGAUAUUAGAGGUGAAUGGAAUUGACCUCAGGAGUGCCACACAUGAUGAAGCAAUUAAUGUUCUCCGCCAGACUCCCCAGAAAGUUCGUCUGACUGUGUACAGAGAUGAGGCACAGUACAAGGAGGAUGACAUGUAUGAUGUACUCACCAUAGAGCUCCAAAAGAAGCCUGGCAAAGGCCUUGGGCUGAGUAUAGUUGGGAAAAGAAAUGAUACGGGGGUGUUCGUGUCAGACAUCGUCAAAGGUGGAAUAGCAGAUACAGAUGGGAGAUUGAUGCAAGGAGAUCAAAUAUUAACAGUGAAUGGAGAAGAUGUUCGAAAUGCUAACCAGGAAGCUGUUGCAGCUUUGCUAAAGUGUUCAUUAGGUACAGUAAGACUAGAGGUUGGAAGAAUAAAAGCUGGUCCAUUCCACUCUGAGAGGAGAACAUCCCAGAGCAGCCAGGUCAGUGAAGGAAGUGGCAGUCUCUCAUCCUUCAGCAUUCCAGCUUCUACUUCCAGCACACCUGAGGUCUUUGAAAGUGGUCUGAAGAAGAAUACUGCAGCUUCUGAAAUACAGGGACUAAGAACAGUUGAAAUAAAAAAGGGCCCAGCAGAUUCUCUAGGAGUGAGCAUUGCUGGAGGUGUAGGAAGUCCUCUUGGAGAUAUUCCUAUAUUUAUUGCCAUGAUGCAUCCCAAUGGAGUUGCGGCUCAGACUCAGAAACUCAGAGUUGGGGACAGGAUUGUUAGCAUCUGUGGAACAUCUACUGAGGGCAUGACUCACUCCCAAGCUGUUGGCAUGUUAAAACAUGCUUCAGGCACUAUUGAGUUGCAGGUGGUUGCUGGAGGAGAUGUGAGUGUCGUAACUGCUCAGCAGCAGGAUCCACCUACAUCCAGUCUUUCACUUGCAGGACUAACUGCAACAAGCAUUUUUCAGGAUGAUCUAGGACCUCCUCAGUACAAGACCAUCACUCUGGAGAGAGGACCAGAUGGCCUAGGCUUUAGUAUUGUGGGGGGAUAUGGCAGUCCCCAUGGAGACUUACCCAUUUAUGUGAAGACAGUAUUUGCAAAGGGUGCAGCAGCAGAAGAUGGACGCCUGAAGAGGGGGGAUCAAAUCAUUGCUGUGAAUGGGCAGAGUUUAGAAGGGGUGACUCAUGAGGAAGCAGUUGCUAUUUUGAAAAGAACAAAAGGAACGGUCACUUUGACUGUUCUUUCAUGAGCUGGCUCCCCAAAGGUGUAGUGUCAACAAGACUAUAUUAUUUUUAUUCCACAUAGCAAGGAAAACCGAAAUGUUUAUAUAACCUUCUUGCUCUUCCAACUUGUCAGAACUGUGUUACGUCACUGAAGAGAAAUAGCAUUUAAUGAUAUUUUUGUAUGCAGUAGAAGUAUUACUCAUAUUGUCGAACAACUGCGAUGGAGUAAGUUAUCUCUGGCAAAGACAUGGAUAUUUUGCCUAGUAGCACUAUAGUGAAAACUUGUAAGCAAAAUGGGUGCUUUGAAUGUUUGAAAUACAGAACAAAAAUUACAAAAUCACUGAGUUGAAAGGGGGGCAUGAAGAGAAGUAAUCAGAAAACAAUAAGCUUGGAGAAAAAAAGCAUUAAUAAAAUACAGAAUUUGAAAAAAGGAUGAAAAGUGAUUUAUGUGAAGGUAGACAGUUGAAUAUAGGUGGUUAUUUGUAUUACUGAUAUAGAAGGAGUUGGGAAUGGGGAUUGCUGUUCUAUUGUUUUUUUUCUUCUGUUUUCUAUUUUCCUAUUUCCUAAGCCUUGCUGUAUCCAUAAAGAACAAGAAAAAAACUCACUUUUUUUGUAUGACUUACUGUUGAGAA